CGUUAGUGCGGCGCGAUAAGUUUAUGGUCGAGGUCGCAGGUGUUCGGUUUUCGUUAGUUUACGGAAGAAGAUGGAUCACAACAUCCCGAGAACUACUUCUCAGGAAGUGAUGGCGGCGACGACCUUGUCCAGCGUAGCCGGCACCGUCAACCAAACGGCAGGCGAGAUGUUUCUCAGCAAGCACGUCUUCUCGUGGUACGACUACAUCCUCUUCACCGCGAUGCUGGUCGUGAGUGCCCUCAUAGGAAUCUACUUCGGAUUCUGCGGAAAGAAGCAGUCCACUUCGAAAGAGUACCUGAUGGGCGGCAAAGAGAUGAAAGUUAUACCGAUCGCCAUAUCUUUGGUGGCGAGCCACACCUCAGGUCUCACUCUUAUGGCUAUACCGGCGGACGUCUACAUGUUCGGCGCCGCCUACGUCCUCGGGAUCGUCUCCAUGGCGGUUUUAUCUUUCAUCACGGUCUACGUCUUCCUCCCCGUAUUCUUCGAUCUGCCGAUCACCAGCACUUACGAGUAUUUGGGCCUUAGAUUCGACGACAGGGUGAGAAAGUGCGCCUCUGGCCUCUUUGCCCUGUCGGUGUUCGUCUACUUACCUAUGGUGGUAUACAUCCCCUCGUUGGCAUUUGAAGCGGUCACUGGAGUGAGCGUCUUCAUAACGACCCCGGUAAUAUGCGGUGUAUGUAUAUUCUACACUACCAUCGGAGGUUUGAAAGCCGUGGUAUGGACAGAUGCUAUCCAGUUUACCAUAACGGUAGGCUCGCUUAUAGUGGUGUUCAUCCUCGGGCUCGUCGCUAUCGGUGGCUUCGAGCCACUAUGGAACGCGUCGUUGGAGAGUAGUCGCUUGCACAUUUUCGAUUUCGAUCCGGACCCGACCAAACGAGAAACCUUUUGGGCGAUAAUAAUCGGUCUCACCGUCCACUGGGUUGCGCACACCUCCAUAAACCAAGGCUGCACCCAAAAGUUCCUCGCCGUAGCCACUUACAAAGAGUCGGUACGCGCGGUGUUUUACUACGCGUUCGGCAUGUCGGUCAUGAAACUUAUAUGCGUCACACUCGGUCUUAUCAUGGCCGUGAUGUACUCCCACUGCGACCCCAUCAUCACCCACCAAAUCGACAAGAAAGACCAGCUGGUACCGUACUACGUCAUGAACGUAGCGAGUCACAUUCCAGGCCUGUCUGGUCUUUUUAUCGCCGGGAUAUUUAGCGCCGCCCUGAGCACGAUGUCAGCCAACUUGAACUCGCUAGCCGGAACGAUCUACGAGGACUUCCUCAAAACGUGGCUCGAGAACCACCACAACCGCAGUACCGCAGGCCACAUCCUCAAGUUGAUCGUGGUGACGGUCGGGGUCACCACCACGCUCUUGGUGUUCGUGGUGCAACAUUUGGGAGGACUAUUCGGCCUGGCUAUUGCCUUGGGCAGCGUAGCUCACGGUCCACUUCUGGCGUUGUUCUCGUUAGGGGUACUAUUUCCUAGGGCGAACUCCAAAGGUGCUUUCUGGGGCGCGCUGACGAGCAUGGUGUUCAUGGGAGUGAUAAUCGCCGGGCAGAGGUACCACGCGUUACAAGGAGGACUGGGGUACGACAAAAAGCCGAUGACAAUAGACCAAUGCGAUUUUUACACCAACGCGACCGUCGCCGUGAAUAGUGCGUCACUUCCGGUACACGAACCAAUCUUUGUGCUGUUUCGAAUCUCGUUCUACUGGUACACCAUGACGGGAGCCAUCGUGGGGAUCGUGGUGGGGCUCGUUAUCAGUUACCUCACGAACAAAGACGACCCGCCGGUGGAAAGACACCUCGUCAGUCCGGUGGUUCGUUUCCUCUUACCGAAAGAUAUUAAGAAGACGGCCCAAGUAAACGGGAGGGCAGACUACCACACCAUCGAAAAGGCUAUGGAGUUGGUGACGGUGGAACAAAAUGGGGCGGACAAUCGCUGACCCAGUGACGCAUUUGAACUGUGAUAACGUUUCGCAAUUUCGACGAAGUUGCUGGAGGUGAAGGCAUCCAAACCACAGAAACCUUGUUGAAACCGCAAUGACAUACUCAUAACAUGUAGC